AUGGUAAGACAUUUCGGGACUCUAACGCGGCAGGUUCCAAUCCAAGCCUAUCGACUGCCUUUCUCGGUCCCCUCCCGCUACUGCCGUCCCGCUUUCCGUAAUCUCGGUUUCUUCACGCCCAUCCUCCACUUGCCGCAUACGAUUUCCCCCGUUUCGAGCCGACUUAAUACCCGCUUUCCCCCGCUACCUGCCGUCACGCUAUUCCUAACCAUAGCUGUCGCUGUCGCGCUCUCGUCUCCCGCUCCCAUUCCUCCUUGCAGCUCCACCCCUCUUCUCCCGCUUCCAAUCCCCUCUCCUGCCCUACCCUUUGUCUCUCGCUCUCAUCCCCCUCUGACUCCUCGCCCUUCCCCUCAUCCUUCAACAACGCCCAACCAGGACAAGACAGCCGGGCGCUCACCUUUUCCCCACCAUUCCCCCAAUCGCCCUUCCCCCACCUCCUCCCCCCCAGUCCUCAUCCCUCAACAGGUCAUCAGGCCAAUCUGUGCACAACCGGGGGAAGACAGCUGCAGAAGACCUACCCUUUUCCCACCUUUCCCCACCUUUCCCCAGCUUUCCCCCCCAUUUCCCCCUUUCCCUCCCCACCUCUCCCCCCCACCCCAGUCCUCGUCCUUCAACAGGUCGCCAGGCCAGUCCGUGCACAACCGGGGGAAGACAGCAGGGUCAGGCGGAGCAAGCGGAGGGGUUGCUGCUGCUGCUGCUGCUCCUGAAGCAUGGUUGCCCGAGAGUGCAGUUUCCAGUGGUGCCCCGACCGCCUCUCCUGCAAGUGCUGGAGUUCCCAGGGGUGCUGCUACUGCUGAAGGCAACGGGCGCUCUGGUGUUGGGAGCGGUGAUAUUGGGAGUUGUGCAGGGGUGGGGUUAGAGGGAAGACGAGAGGUGACAGACCGAGGGGGGUUGAGAGGCCAAGACUCGCUGCCACUGCUUCCCAAGCGCCUUCACUUUGACCAGCUAGUCGGAGAAGCCGUUGAGGAGGAGGAGGUGCAGAGCGUGUAUCGCAGCAUGGGACAUGCUGGUGCUGACGGUGCACUUGCUGGCAAUCUCACCCCCUGCCUCCCCAUCGUCAUUCACUCUCCUCCACCCACUGACAGCUUUGGUGGCAUCCUCACCACGUUCCUCACCACGUUCCUCACCACGUUCCUCACCACGUUCCUCACCACGUUCCUCACCACGUUCCUCACCACGUUCCUCACCACGUUCCUCACCACGCUCCCCUCUGUUUUUGUUGGCGGCAUCCUCACCACCUUCCCCGUCAUCUGUCCCCUCCACCCUCCCUUCUCCCACCGCUACCCCCCUCCUCCUCGUCUCCUGCCCGUGUCACUCCCCUUCCUCCUGCACUCCCUCAUCACGCUCCUCCUCUCCCUUCAAACUGUCUUCAACUUCCUCUGCUCCGCUUUCUUCCCGGCCGGCCCAGUCACUCGUGUUGCUUUCGGCUCUGCAGACAUGCCAACUGUAUCAGCAGGUUCGUUUGACGGCUGGCAGUUGUGCCGCCGCUGCGACCCGCCCCGAGCCAAGCCUCCCGGUGCGCACCACUGCAGCAGCUGCGGCACGUGCGUGAUGGACAUGGACCAUCACUGCCCCUUC